AUGCAAAAUAAUGAUAAUGAUAAAAAAAAUGAUAGCGAGAAAAACUUAUCAUUAUAUGUUGGCGAUUUAGAUUCAUCGAUAACUGAAGCUAUCUUGUUUCCUAUUUUUUCAAAAAUCGGACCAUUGACUUUAGUAAAAGUUUGUAGGGACUCUUCAACGAAAAACUCAUUAGGUUAUGCUUAUAUUAAUUAUCAAUUUUCAAAGCAUUCAAGGUCAGCGUUGAAAAAUUUAAACUUGACAAACUUAAUGAAUAAAAAUUCAAAACCUAUCCGGAUAAUGUUUGCUGAAAAAAAUUUGAAUUCAAAGUUAAAUUCAAAUGCUAAUAUUUUUGUUAAAAAUUUACAUCAAGAUAUUGAUAAUAAGACUUUUUUUAAUACCUUUAGCGCUUUUGGUAAUAUAAUAUCUUGCAAAAUAGUUUUAGAUGAAAAUUCAAUCUCAAAAGGUUUUGGUUUUGUUCAAUACGAUUCAAUUGAUUCGGCUAAAAAUGCUAUUAAUUCAACUAAUGGAAUUCUAUUAAAUAAUAAAAAAAUUUAUGUUAAUUAUCAUAUUCCUAAAAACCAAAGAUCGAUUAAAAAUUAUAGCAAUAUUAACUCAAAUCUUAUUUCAAAUAAUAAUAAUAAUAAUAAUAAUAAUAAUAAUAAUAAUAAUAAUAAUAAUAAUAAUAAUAAUAAUAAUAAUGAUUACGAACAUCUAAAUGAAAACUCAAAUCUUUAUGUUAAAAACAUUGAUAUAAAUGUGACUGAAUAUCAAUUUGAAAAACUAUUCAAACCAUUUGGUAAAAUAACUUCAAUUCAUUUGGAAAAAUAUAAAGGUUUUGGUUUUGUUAAUUUUCAAAAUUUAAGUGAUGCAAAAAAUGCUAUAAAAUUUUUAAAUAACAUGGAAUUUCAUGGUAAAAAUUUAUUUGUUGGACCUGCUCAAAAGAAAAAGGAAAGAAUCGAAUAUUUAAAGAAAUUAAUUCCAAAACAAAAUUUUCAAUCCAAUUUAAAUUCAAAUUCAAAUACAAAUACAAAUACAAAUAUUUUUAAAAAUAAUUUAAAUAUUGAUUUAUAUAAAAACAAUAAUUUAUUUGUGAAAAAUAUAGAUAAAUCAAUUGAUGAUGAGUUUUUCAAGGAUUUAUUUUGUCCAUUUGGUGAGAUUGUUUCUUCUAAAGUCUUUGUUGAUAUUAAUAAUGUAUCAAAGGGUUAUGGAUUUGUUUGUUACAAAAAGUUUGAGUAUUCUGUAAAAGCCGUAAAAGAAAUGAAUCAACAAAUUGUUUUAAAUAAACCAAUUUAUGUCAGUUUCGCUCAAACUAGAUCAAGUAGUGAUUCAAAACCAAAAAUCAAAUUAGAUGCCCAAAAUUUUAAUACUAAUUUUUCAUUACAAAAAUUUCAAUAUCAUCCAAAUCACUAUCAUCAACAUGCUCCUUUGCUUAAUAAGAAUCCAAAGAGUUCUUUUGUUCAUUAUCAUUACCCAAAUUACUUUUCUUCACCUCAUUAUGCGCAAAAUUUUAAUCAACUUUGUCAAAUUAAUUUAGAAGAUAUAAAUAUUGCUCGCCGAGAAAUAUUAAAAAAUUGCACACUGGAAAAACAAAAGGAAAUUUUGACGAAAGAUUUAUUAUUUAGGGUUUCUCAACAUUUAAAUGGUAAUGCAAUGGAAGACAAUAUUGAAGUAUUGAUAAACAUGUUUUUGCAAUUGGAUAACGGUAGUAUUCUCAAACUACUAGAGAAUAAUGACUAUCUUCAAUACAGUAUUAACGAUGCUAUCAAACUUGUUCAACAAAAGUCAUAG